AUGAAGCAGUUCAAAGUGGUGCAGCUGCACAGCACGGGGACCGUUCUUGCCAGCAGCGUGUCCCUCCAGCAGCCGGGCUGUGCUGUGCCCGCAGCUCGGCGGGACUGGCUCUGUCCAACACCACCUCGGUCACCUCCCAGGAGCAGUUCAUUCCUUGAGCUGGGGGAAGAUGAGAAAUGUUCCCUCCAGGCGCACAUGGCCAGGAGCCGCGAAUGUUCAGUUAUGUGUGCGAUAACCGCGCUCGUACGGAGCCCUUGUGCUGGUGCCGGGUGGCGGGGCCGGGCGGGCACGGCCAGCGCCGCUUCCCCCGCGGGGCCGCCCCGGGGCAGCGGGACCCGGCGCGUCCGGACGGGCUGGGCGCGGGCUGAGUCCGGGGAUCCCCGGAGAUCCCCGGGGCCGGGCGGGGUUCGCGCAGCCGGAGGGGCCCCGGCGGGGCCGCUCCUGCAGCUCCCGGCGGGCCCGGGGUCUCUGGCCGAGGUCACGGCCCCGCUGUGCCCGGCCCGGUCCUGCUGCGGGGCCGUCUCCCUUGGGCCCUCCCGCCGCGAUUUCUCCCUUCAAUCGCCGCCUUUUUACCCUCCCCCGCUUCCCCCAGUCAACUUUUGUAGGAAUUCCUCCUGUGAAGCGGUCGAGCUAAAGCUUCUACCCACUCCCUGCGCAGCCACAAGCACUUGGCGAGCACUUUGUCAGCAGCAGGAACAAGUGAAGUGUACAAGCAGCAGGAACAAGAACAGUGCCCCACAGAAACAGGUGCCUGGAAAUGAAGUUCUUCUAAGAGGGCCAGCAGCCCGUGGAGGUGUAAUGCAAAAGAACGGCUGCUACAAAGUCACUUUUGGUACUGAGCGUGUUUACUCAGCAUCUGCACGAGAAAGUGACAUGUCAUUGUGGAGCAAAUGGAACAUCUUGUGGUAUUUUGUGUAACUUUAAACCUUGUGCCAUGAAUUACGUGGAUAUGUCAUCUUCCAGUCGAAGUUUCUAACUGCAAAUAAAGGCCUUAAAGUGUGAACCUUAAAA